UGGUGCAGUGGUCAAGGGGUUUGUAUUGAUAAGAGCGGGUGGGGUCAGUGGGAGGGGUCAGUUGUGACCAAUGUACGUCCGUGUAGUGGACAUCCAAGAUGUGGCGCUAUUCUGGGGGUCGCUGGAACUAGACCAUCCCCUCUGCUGGAACUCCGACCGACCGUAGCCGAGGGGUGCCGAUCUGCUCGUCCGCUCCGCUCGGCCCCCCUGUACACUUAGUUUGCAUCGCAGCCCUGAGAACCACGGACCUUCGUCGCAGCAUCGCGCAGCCCAGAUUACGUACUUGGCCUCGUGCAGUGCCCGUGUAGUGCUUAUGUUCAGGUGACAUGGAACCCGUCUCCAACGGAUCCACCUGAAGCCAAAGUGCAACUGAGUCACUACCCCUGGAGUGUCGAUCCACCCCUCGGGCAAGAUGAGGAUAAAGAUGCCAGCAGUUCGGAUCGCACAAGGCCCGUCCAUCCUCGCUGGGUGUCAACUUACUCAAGAAUUGAACGUCUUACCAAAGCAAUAAAUGAUACACAUGGUAAGGAGGCGCCGGGAUUUACGGCCCCUGGACUUGGGCAAACAGUAAGGCUUUAUCUUGAGUAAUUUAACCGGAUUCUCCGAGAUAGCCCAUACGGAGCAGUUGAAAUUUUCACCUUGGGAUUAAAUUUCCUCCCGUUUUCGAUCAGGGGAAGGGUCGACUGUGGCCGAACCGUUCCAGAAUUCCGACGGGGCGGACGUCGAGAUGCAGCAACAACACUCAGAUGUCCUCACGUGUGGAGCCUGUCAGAAGGCGUUCGCACUCGGGGACAUCGUCAAGUUCAUCCAACACAAAGUACUAGCGUGCAACAAGGAAAACUAUUCGUGCGAGCCACCCGCCGGAAACAACCCGGAAUCGGGCGACUCGGACGACGGGGGCGUCGGCGUGGUGAACUCGCGGCGGCCGAGUAUCUCCGCGCCGAUGAAGAAGGUCUCGUCGGCCAGGGUGCUCUGCACGUCCUCACCCGAGGAGGAGCCGCGGUGCUCCACGCCGAAGAGGCGACCCCUGCCGCUCAACCUUCAUGAGGACCAUCCGGAAGAUGACGAGCUCAAGUCGAGAAUAAAGGAAGAACUCGACUCGACACCUCCUCACUCCUCACCUGAGGAGGCGGCCUGCAAGAAACUCAGGACGGACGUUUCUGACGCCCAGUCGAACACAACCAACUCAGAACCAAGCAACUAUGUCUGUUCGACGUGCAAAGCGAGGCUUCACUCGGCGUGGCGGCUGGUGCAACACGUACAGAAUAGUCACGGAAUAAAAAUAUACAUUGAGUGUUCACCUUCGGGAUCAACGUCGUCCAUCGGUUCGUCGCCAGGGACGUCAAGCGCUGCCAAAAAUCAGUCGACUUCAUCAACUUGUUCGUCGUCGUCUUCUGGGUGUUCGUCUGGAGGAAAUGCGCUGGGGAUAGGAACGCCGCUAUCCAUGGCGUCUCAGCCCAGGCUCGGAAUUCCGACUUCAUCGCCAAUCGUCGAACCUCACCUAUCGAUGCACAACCCUUUUACUGUCGGUGGAAUUUUGAGGAUGCCGAUAGAGCCGCCAAGGCACCAUCAAUUCCCUCCGAGCUCUUUGGGUCCUAGCUCGGGAACGUUAUUCGCCCGACCCUCUAGUCAUAACGAACACCAUUUUCGCAUGGAGCAGCUUGUCUCGGAGCAGUUUAGACUCAGUCAGCAUCACAGCUUGGGCCUGGCAGCAGCGGUGGCGGCAGUAAGCGGGGUUCCUCCACCUCAUUCACCUUUUGGGCCGCCACCGAAUGAAAGGCCCUCCCCAAUCCUACCGACGUCCACCGUUUCGAGAACUCCCGUACCUCCUCCUCCACCGGCUUUGAACCUUCCCCUCGAGCCGCAAAUCGACUUCUAUUCUCAGAGGCUGAGACAGUUGGCCGGAACGACUAGUCCCGGGGCGGCCAACAACGGCAAUUCAUCGCCUUCUUCACGAAAACUGACACCGCCUUUUACUAGUCCUAAUAAUAAUUUACAAGCACCAGUCAGUUUAGCAUCAUCUGUUGCAAUGACUAACAACAACAACAAUAACAACAGCACCGCAAAUAACAACAUCAACACCGCCCGAUCGCCUACGCCAAGGCCGCAGUCGUCGACACCACCAUCCGAGCCGAAACCUCCCACCUUGAACGAAACACCUCCUAGUGACCCGACGGACAUCGCGAUUACCCCGCGGUUGACCUCUACACCUCCGAACAAGCCGACGGAUUUUUCUAUGGCCGCCCAAGCCGAAUCGAUGGACGCAUCGGAAAAUGGCAAAAUUCAUUCUUGCGAGUUCUGUGGCAAAAAAUUUCGAUUUCAGAGCAGUUUAGUUGUCCAUAAAAGAACUCACACGGGUGAAAAACCUUAUAAAUGCAAUGUCUGCAGUCACGUCUGCUCGCAGAGUUCCAAAUUAAAAAGGCACAUGAAAGUGCACAAAAGAAGUGUAAGUAAGACUUCCGGCGGAGAGGAUGGGACCAAUCCGAACGGAGGAGGUUCGGUCCAUUCGACACCUGAUCAAAUGUCUAAUGAAGGUUCUAUCGGUACCGCCGAAGACGACGAUGACGAAGAUGAAGAGAUGGACGAUGAUGAAGAAGAAGAGGAAGAAGAGGAAGAUGACGAAGAAGAAAUGGAGCUUGAGGAAGAGGAAGGGGACGAAGACGACGAUGUGGGAGGUGAUGCCCCCGAAGAUCUAACCACAAAGUCGUCUUCAUCGACUCCACCUGCCGUGACAGACGGCAAAGGUACAAAUUCACCCAACGGCGUCGAUAAAGUCGGUUCAGGUUCGCUCGUCAGUGAGCUCAUGGACAAAUACGGUCUCAGCACCAUUCAACAGUACAGUGAAGCUUAUAAACAGGCGCUACAAGAGUCGAUAGGGGCUCAUCACCUUAUAUCAAGAAAAGACGAUUUACUUCACAGGUCUCAUCUCCUUUCUGACAACAACAAUAAGCCUAGGCUUGAAAACGGCCUCUUGGAAAAAUCUGCGGCCGCUUUACGAUUUCGAGAAGAGUUUGCAAAAAACAUGAUAUCGAGCCAGCCUCCGCUGGAUUUAGUCGGCGGGCCACACGGUCUAUUCGGCGCCCCUUUUGACAAUCCUUACGACGCAAGUAAAAGACUGAAGUUGGAUCAGAGGGAUGGCCUGGUAAGGACUAACGAGAGAGACAGUCUUUUCACCGGUAUGUGGCUCCCACCCAUGGCGGUACACCACAGGGACCAGAUGUUCGGCACGAACGGAACAGAUUCGGAUCUGCUGAAAGAAAAGAAGUCAUCUUCUAACCCAAGCACCAGCGCUACACUGGCGGCAGCAGCAGCCGCAGCGGCGGCGAUCAACCUGGGGCUUCCCUCCCAGAACAAGAAAGAGACUAGACGGAACGACACCUGCGAAUUCUGCGGUAAAGUAUUCAAGAACUGCAGUAACCUGACGGUCCACAGGAGGUCGCAUACCGGCGAAAAGCCUUAUAAGUGCGAACUCUGCUCCUACGCCUGCGCCCAGAGCUCCAAGUUGACACGUCAUAUGAAGACUCACGGACGGAUGGGUAAAGACGUCUACAGGUGUAGGUUCUGUGAAAUGCCCUUUUCUGUCCCGUCCACCUUGGAAAAGCACAUGCGAAAAUGUGUCGUGAAUCAGAACAUCAAAGUUGAGUACCAGAGUUUGCCCUCGAUGCUAAGCGGCGACGAGGAUUCGGCGGCUUCCACACCGAAGGACGCCGCCACCACAUGACUCUUUCCAUGGGCUGGGCUGAGACCGCUUCAGAGCAUUUACUAAAAAAGUACUUGAUAUGACAUUUUUAAUCACUGUUUGUCUUUCUUGGACAGAAACUGAGCUCAGUAUCUUUUAACAAACAAAAAAUUUACUGUAGGUAAUUGACGCCAAAGUUUUUCAUCGAUCCUGUUGUAAAUAGUUUUUAAUUAUAGUUUUCCUUUGUACUUAUUAGAAAAGUUUCUAGAGUUAUCUCAAAUUUUCAUCUCUUUCCUCCCCUUUUAUUAUGUAUACUAUUCUUCAUCUCUUGGUUUCGUCUUUGUUGGGACUGGUAAACAUGGCGAAGCACUUGGUUUUUUUUCUCGGAAAUAUUGAAAGCUUUAACUCUUAUUAUGUUAAUUCUUUUAAGUUUUAUACAGAUAUGAAAAAUUGUUGAUAGUUUUUAUGCCGAUUGUUGUUAAUUUUAUUUCGGGAAUAGAUUAGCAAGUCAGUUGUUGAUUUACUUUAAAACGUGACAAAGUAUUACAGAUCUGCGAAACACACUUCAAUCAAUCGAAUAGAGAUUGUUUUCACAGUGUGAUUCGCAUUUUUUGUAAUUCUUAAAUUUUUGAUUUACAUUCCACAAACAUUGCCAAGUUUUAUUCUAUAAAAGACUUACAUAUUUUUAUGAUUCUAAACCGCCUUGUCAGUGAGAGUACUUAAAGAUAAUGUGAUAUGUGAUUCCGACGUUUUCAAUCAAUUGCUUCUUGCAUUUAUUUUUACCAUUAUUACUUUUAAAGAGAGUUUUUGUUACAUAAUAUUUUGUAUUUUUAUGUAUAAUUACGAUUUGUAUGUAUAAAUGUGUGUAAAUCUCAUUAGUACGUAUUUUGUGUAUAUAAAGAGGAAAUGUUAUUUAAUGUUAUCUAAGCAUUAUAGAGGAGAGCCUACGUUUCAAAUUAUUUAAAUGAUAUUGACAUUAAAAAGUAUGAAUUACCUCGACAAAACUUGUAAAAAAUCAACUUCUGGUCCCAUUGAAAAAAUAAAUAUAUAUUAUGAAAAAAGAAAAGGGAUUUAAUAUUUAUUUAAAAAUUAAUAUUUAAUAAACUUGUUGUAAAUAUAAUUCACGAUUGAAUUUACUAUAUGUGCAUAAUAAAUGUUUGCAACAUGGUUUUGUAAUAUCUAGGGUUAAAAAUACUACAUUGUUAAAAUACCAAAUAUGUUCCUCUAAUUAGGUCACAUAUAAUUUCGACUAUUAUUUUUGUAAAAUUGUGGUUUAGAGUAAAAGACAAAGGAUUUCACUUCGUUGUACUUGGAAUAAGAAGCCUUUCAAAGAAUAUUCAACUUAAUAUAUACCCAUCCUUUCAAAAUAAUAUAUUAUAGAUGAUAUUCUAUUACAGGGUAAAGAUCGAAAUAUUUGAGCAUGAAGUAAUAAAUAAAUGGAAUAGCUAUAUGAUAUAUAAAAUACAAAUUAAAUUAAUAGAACCCUUUUAUCGUUUUUGAAUUUCUCUAUUUUCCCUUAUGUUUUUAUUUGUUUUGUUUAGUGAGAAUUCAGCUAAAUCACUGUGUGGUUCCUAUUAGAAAGAAAUUUGGUUUUAGAACACGGUGCACACUCGGGACAAAAAUCGUUGUGAAUGGCUGUUUAUUUUUAGAUUCUCCUCUCGGAUCUUUGAUAAGAUUGUGCAAUAUCCCCCUGCACCCUACGAAAAGAAUUGUAAUUAAAUGUUAUGUUUUAUUGUAUAAUAAUCUGUAUACAUAUUUAUAGAUAUAGGCAUGUGUGGACAAAUUGUUGUUUAUAGUUUAAUAGCAUAUCUCAUUUAUGUUCAUAUUUCGGAAAAUAACUGCAAUUUGCUGUUCAUCUGUAUUUAUUUAUUAUCGGAUCCGUAAUUACUAUUGAUGUACAUGUAAUGUACCAAAAUUAUAUAAAUGUAAGAUUGUAGAGUUGUGUAUUUAUGGAUAAAAACUAUUGUAAGAGAA